AAUAUUUGGCUGCAAUGAGAUUGUGGUGGAAGUGAAAUCCUAUUUCAAGCUGCUUGUGGAAGAGGUGCUGAAUCCCUUCUACAUCUUUCAACUGUUCAGUGUAAUACUAUGGAUGUGUGAUGAUUACUAUUACUACGCUGGCUGUAUCAUACUCAUAUCUGUGAUCUCCAUAGUUGUGUCUUUAUAUGAGACAAAAAAGCAAAGUAUAACCCUAAGAGACAUGGUAGCCUCCCAUGAAGUGAAUGUAAUGACAGUAUCUCGCGGAGAUGGAGUCUUUGAAGAGCUUCCAACCUCCAAACUUGUCCCUGGAGAUGUGGUUGUGAUCCCCCAACAUGGCUGUAUGAUGUCAUGUGAUGCUGUCCUCCUUGUUGGGAACUGUAUUGUCAAUGAGAGCAUGUUGACUGGUGAGAGUGUCCCAGUGACCAAGACUCCCCUUCCAAACCAGCCUGACUCAGAUGAAGUGUUCUCUCCUGAUGAUGUCCACAAGAGAUACACCCUUUUCUGUGGCACUCAGGUCAUCCAGACCAGAUACUACGGGGCAGGAAAAGUGACCGCUGUGGUGGUCAGAACAGGUUAUUCUACCACCAAAGGAGAGCUGGUGAGAGCAAUCCUCUUCCCCAAACCCAUGGACUUUAAAUUCUACCAAGACGCUAUCCGCUUUGUUCAAGUGCUGUUCCUGAUUGCUUCAAUUGGGAUGAUCUAUAAUAUAGCAACCUUUUUAAGCAGAGGGGAAAGUGCUCAGAGAAUUAUUCUUAGAACUUUGGACAUCGUGACAAUUUGUGUUCCUCCAGCUUUACCGGCAGCCAUGACAGUGGGCACAAUAUACGCUCAGAAUCGCCUCAAGAAAGCAGGGAUAUUUUGCAUCAGUCCUCCAAGGAUAAACAUGUGUGGGAAGUUGAAAUGUAUCUGUUUUGAUAAGACUGGGACUUUGACUGAAGAUGGGCUGGAUCUAUUUGGUGUAGUGCCACUGCAGGAGAACAGGUUUCUCCAUGUCGUCCAGCAUCCCACAGACCUGCCUAUUGGUCCAUUUCUGACCGCCAUGGCAACCUGUCACUCACUCACCAUGAUAGAAGGAGAACUGAAAGGAGAUCCACUUGACUUGAAGAUGUUUGAGUCUACAAACUGGAUAUUGCAGGAACCAGGAAGGGAGACGACUCGCUUUGAUAACUUGAUCCCCACUACUGUACAUCCGCCCUCACUUGACACACUUUUCACCUCUUCAACUGGCUUUGAUGGGUUUGAACAGAUUGCUUUUGAAGUUGGGAUUGUACGCCAGUUUGUUUUCACGUCAGCCUUACAGCGCAUGAGUGUGAUUACCAGAACUCUGGGGAAUACCCAAAUGGACUUGUACUGCAAGGGAGCACCAGAGAAAGUAGCAUCUCUCUGCAAGCAAGACACUUUGCCAGAAGACUACAGUGAUGUACUUCAUCGGUUCACCAUGAAAGGGUUUCGUGUCAUUGCCCUGGGCUGGAGACAGUUGGACCCCAAGCUGAACUGGCACCAUGCCAUGAGAGUGCAGAGGGAAACUGUAGAGUGUGAGCUGACAUUCCUAGGUCUGAUAAUUAUGCAGAACAGUUUAAAACCAGAGACUACUCCUGUAAUAAGACAACUGAAGGCAGCUAACAUCAGGGUUGUGAUGGCCACAGGUGACAACAUGCACACAGCCAUAAGUGUUGCCAGGGAUUGUGCAAUGGUGGAUGAGGAAGAGAAGGUAAUUAUGGUGAAAGCCAGUCCUCCCAGCAAGAACAGUGAGGCAGUCAUCCACUGGGAAUAUGCUGAGGUCAACCUGGACAAUGAACUUACGGUAUCCACAGCCGAGGAAAGUGACGCAUCUUAUCACGCCUUGAACAUUGUAAGAGCUGAUGCAUACCACUUUGCUCUUGAUGGACGCUCUUUUGGGGUAGUAAGGCAAUAUUUUCCUGAACUCUUGCCAAAGAUCUGUGUAAAAGGUACAAUAUUUGCCAGAAUGUCUCCUGACCAAAAGGGUCAACUGAUAGAACAACUCCAAGACCUAGGAUAUGUUGUUGGAAUGUGUGGAGACGGUGCCAAUGACUGUGGAGCUUUAAAAACUGCCCAUGCUGGCAUCUCCCUGUCAGAAGCAGAAGCCUCUGUGGCCUCUCCCUUCACCUCUAAGACACCAAACAUUGAGUGUGUGCCCACUGUGAUAAGAGAAGGUCGGGCUGCCCUUGUGACCUCAUUUGGAGUGUUCAAGUACAUGGCACUAUACAGCAUGAUACAGUUUGUGACUGUGAUGAUACUGUACACGCUUGACACCAAUUUAUCUGACAUGAUGUUUCUUUACAUUGACCUAGUCAUUACAACCACAGUGGCAGUACUCAUGGGGCACACCAGCGCCUAUCAUAAACUGGUCCCGCGUCCACCCAAAGGCAGUCUGGUCAGCGUGUCCAAUCUGUUCUCCAUAUUGUCACAGACUGUGGGUGUGGUGACCUUCCAGCUCGGAGCAUUCUUCUAUUUAACUUCCCAGUCUUGGUAUCCUGCAGAGAAACUACACCCAAUAAUAAAUGAUGAUGAGCAUAAUGUUGUAUGUCCAGAAACGACCACAUUGUUCAUUUCGGGAUCCUUCCAGUACCUUAUCCUCUCUGUGAUUUUCUCUAAAGGUCCUCCAUAUAGAAAGAGAAUUUGGACAAAUGUUUUGUUUCUGGUGUCUGUGAUAUUGCUUACAGCAUUGACUGCAUGGUUGUGGCUCUACCCUCCCACUGUCAUCAGAGAAUUCCUAAUGAUGAAGUUGAUUCCUGAUGAAUAUAUUGUUUUCAAGAUAACAGUGGUUCUUCUUGCAGUGAUGCACUUUGUGAUAGCUGAGAGUAUAGAAAGCUUCAUAAUAGACAGGAAUAUCCCCUCCAGUUGUUUGAAGAAAUGCUUUGGAAAACUUUCAAAACCAAAGAAAAAAUACAAGAUUAUUGGAAAAGAGCUAUCAGACAACCCGCACUGGCCUCCUGUUGGUGACGUUACAAGAGAAGCUGAACAAAAUGUGCGGGAAACCAGUGAUGUCCAUGUUUCAUUGCAAGUACAAUGAUAACUGAGUAGUUUACUAGAUACUAUGAAAUUUUAUGAAUAUUGGACUUUCUGGGCUGGAUAUAUCCAAUGGAUAUGUUUUCUUAACCAAAUAUAUUCCCCCAAAAAAUAAUCAAAAUCCAUUCAUUGUGGUGGGGAAAAGAUUAGUAAUAGCCUUUGGUGAAAUUUUCUCUGCUGAUGGGAGGGCCACUGUGAUGUUUGUGAUAAUGGUUUUAAUUAUUGUUAUUAUUAAAUAAUCUCAUAGAGGUGGUUUUAGUAUUAAACAAUGGUGUACUAGACUGGGAGUCAUUAUUUGUGUGAGUGCUCUCAAAUUUUAUUCAGUCUGUGAAAUAUUAUUGUUACUGUAAUAACUCAAUCUUUUCAAUGGGGAAAUUGUGUAUUUUACAGAUACUGUAUUUUUUAUAAUUAAUAUUUUUUUAAUUACAACAUUUCUGUUGAGAGGUGGCAACAAAAUGAAUAAGCAGGCUACCCCAUAGCUUUUAUAAUAUAUGGUUUAAAGCACCACAAAUGCUAUACAGAAUACGAUUUUUAAUGAUUCAUCUGAAAGACUGAUAAUUUUCCCCAUUGAAAAGAUUGAACCAUUACUGUUCAUGAACUGAUGGAUAUGAAAGGGUUAAUGUUUUAUGGAAUGCUUUAAUAUGUGAUAUUAAAAAAGUUUAUUUUUUACUUGUUGUAGAACUUCAGACAAUUUAUUUUGUUCUUGUGAUAAAAACAUUUCAGAACAUUAACAUUUUCUGGAAGAUGACAUGCAAUAAUAUAUCAUUUGUCAAAUACAAACUGGUCUUCCUAGUGUCAUUUUCAAUGUAUAAUAAUUCUUAUGGAAUCUCUUCAAAGAUAGGUUAUAGCAGCAGAAAGUAUAUUUUUAUGUGAACCAUAUACCAAGAUGAUAUUAUUGCUGGCAAAAAAGACACCAGUCUGUGUAAGUUAAUGUAAAACAAUAGGUAGAGAAAUAGCACAUACAUGUAAUUGUAAUGUCCCCACAUACCUCUAAUUUUGAGAAAAAUUGUUUGCUCUGUUUAAUAAUUAGGGUUUUAUGGUGUGGGGUAAACAAGAGUCAUCCAGCUUGUAUGUAUUAAACAUAAGUACAUUGUUUUUACUAUGGGAGGAAGUUAAUAGGAUGAUUACAGUGUAUGCCUUUGAUAAAAGUUAACCAGUACUUACAGGCAAGGGUGACUUGAACUUGGGAACAUUCCAUCUUUUUAGCCUUACAACAGCAGGACAUGUGCAAUAAUGGCACCAACAAUUUGCAGUUUAUGUAAGUUUUUAAUUCAUGUCUUUCUGAAUCAAAAAGAAAAAAGAUGAAAAUACCACUGGUGUGAUGUAAGCCUACUUUAUUAAAGAUAUCUGGCUGGUGGGACAUACUCGGAAGGAGGCUAUAACCUCUCUGAGCAUCUACUGGUUUUAUUCUUUCUCCUAGAAGUUUUUCUUAAAAUGUAUUUUUGAGAGAUAUCUCUUUGUGAAAAUGUCAUUGCUGUUAAAGUAUUUAUUGGUUGAACAAGAUGUUAUUCAUCAGUAUUUAGCAAAACUGCUAAUGGUCACUAAUUAUGUAGUGAACAGCGUUAGUGGUUGAGUGGGACCAUGUGACACAUUGGACUGAUUCUGAAAUGAGCCUGUAUGUUGCAGAAUUUGGGGGUUGGGCAAAAUAUGAUAAGGUAUAUAAUAUAAAUUACAAUGAUCUGACCUUGGUAAAUUGUGCCAUAUGUAUUUAAAGUGGGAGAUAAAGGACAUGGUUAUAAAAUGUAAUCAAGGUGGCCUACAAGGAAUAGUUCAGAAAUAAAUAUUUUCAAUGAUAA